AUGGCGGACUUUUUGGUACCUUCUACAGCGAGCCCCGAGACUGAUGCUCAGCAUCGCCGACGGGGACCCAUCCAUGCACAGCGCCAUGUCCGCGUCGUGUGCAUUGGCGCCGGUGCAUCGGGCCUUCUCAUGGCGUACAAGCUGCAGCGACAUUUCUCAAACUACUCGCUCACCGUGUAUGAGAAAAACGCAGAGGUCUCGGGGACCUGGUUCGAGAACAGAUAUCCUGGCUGCGCAUGUGAUGUACCUUCGCAUAACUACACAUGGUCGUUCGAGCCGAAAUUGGAUUGGAGUGCGGUGUAUGCUAGUUCCAAGGAGAUAUUCGCCUACUUCAAUGAUUUCGCGAGAAAGUACGGACUGCACAAAUAUGUCAAGACAAGACGCCAAGUUGUUGGAGCGACUUGGAAUAAGCAGAAGGGCGGCUACGAUGUGCAGAUUAAGGACCUGGAAAGCGGACAGGUCAUUGAUGACCAUUGCGACAUUCUGGUGAACGCUUCCGGUAUCUUGAACAACUGGGCAUGGCCUGCCAUACCUGGCAUCGACAAGUACAAGGGCGUGCUCUUGCACACUGCGAAUUGGGACGAGAAAAUCGACCUCCGAGGGCGUCACGUCGGCCUCAUUGGAAACGGGUACUUCGUCAUCAUCUCCACACAGGUCAGAUCAUCACUAACAUACCCCAGCUCCUCCGGCAUCCAAGUCCUACCGACAAUCCAACCCCACGUCAAUAAGGUGACAACCUUCAUCCGCGAGCCGACAUGGGUGUCCCCCGUCCAAGGGCUGGAACAACACGUCUUCAGCGCGCAAGAACGCACCGAAUUCGCCACCAAGCCCGGCGUCCUCAACACCUACCGCAAAGACGUCGAGCGCGGCCUCAACGGCCAAUUCGGCAUCUUCCUCAAGAACACCACUACCAACAACGACACAGAAACCUACUUCCGCCAACAGAUGAGCGACAAGCUCAAGAACCCUUAUCUGGAAGAAAGAUUGAUUCCAAACUGGCACGUCGGGUGUAGGAGGUUGACGCCCGGCGUGGGGUACCUCGAGGCCCUUGGGAAAGAGAAUGUCGAGGUUGUCUACGGCGAGAUCAACGAAAUCACCGAGCGCGGGUGUCGCUGCGAUAACGGGGAGGAAUACCCCGUCGACGUGUUGAUCUGCGCGACAGGCUUCAACACCUCGUUCAAGCCUCGCUUCCCCGUCAUCAACGCGUCGGGUGCAAACCUACAGGACGCCUGGGCGCAAGAAGCAACGUCCUACUUUGGCAUCGCAGCCGCAGAGUUCCCCAACUACCUCAUUUUCCUGGGCCCGAACUGCCCCAUUGGCAACGGGCCUGUCUUGUCAGCGAUAGAGUGCCAGGCGGACUACAUGUGCAAGCUGAUCGACCGCUUCCAAACGCACAACAUCUCCACUUUUGCCCCCAAAGCCGAAGCCGUAGCAGAUUUCAUCGCCUUCAAAGACGACUUCAUGAAGAAGACGGUGUGGCAAGACCCGUGCCGGUCGUGGUAUAAGGGCCGUCCCGACGGGCCCAUCACUGCACUCUGGCCCGGAUCCACCCUCCAUUACAUAGAAGCCAUGAUGGAAGUCCGCCACGACGACUGGGACGUCAAGUACAGCGGCAAUCGCUUCGCCUGGAUGGGCAACGGGUACUCACAGACGGAGCUGGAUCCCACGGCCGACUGGGCGUUCUACAUCCGCGACCAGGACGACGACGAGCCGCUGAGUAGAGGGAGGAAGCUGCAGCUUAUCAAUAAGAGUGGGACAGUGCAGGUAGCUCAUGCUGUUAGCUUUACGGGUAGGGACACGAAUGCACCGCCGAAAUUGUGA